CUGCACGCUCCUCGGUUGCUAAGUAACCACUGCGGUGGGAAGAUGCGGCACCGCCUCGUAGUGCUAACGUCUAGCAAAUCAAAUUGUGCCGUUUUCGACGCAAAACUACGUUAACGAGCAUUGACGCGCAGGAUGGACGAGGACACAGAGUUAUCUCUGACCAUCGCUCAGAUCAUCCAGCGGCUGAAGGGAAGCCAUUUACACUCUCAGCUAGAGAGACACGCCAAAGAGUGUUUACAUCAACCUGAGAUAAAACUGGAGUCUCUUAAAGAGGACGUUCGCAGUUUCCUCAAAACAGCGGGCUGGGAAAGGAAGCUCCAGAAUGCUGUAUACAGAGAACUGCAUGUCCAGGUGCCCCUAAGCCAUCCUGCAGCUCCUCCAGAGCAUCUCAAGGAGCCACUGGCCUACAUGCGCACGGCACAGGCCAGCUGGGAGAAGCGUGUGCUCAAAAGCCUGAACAGCAUGAGCACAGAGCUGGGUGUGCCUCUGGCCCGCAAGAGGCCAGCAGAGGUGCAGAUGGAGCUGACCCACAAAUGGAACGAGAUGGGAACAGAUGAACCAGAUUUAAGUCGCUUUAGGCCUGUCUAUGCACCCAAAGACUUUCUGGAGGUGUUGAUCGGUUUGCGGAACCCCAACCAUGAUAGCAGGGAGGAUGUCAGUGCCAGGAGCCACUGGGGCCUCAUCCAGGUUCCUCUCAAUGUCCAAGAUAUCCCCCAGCUGAGACAGACCUACUCAGAGCUGAACCUGAGCACUGGGCAGCUGGGGAUUGAUGACCAUGCACACAUCCAUCCAGAUUUGUUUGAGAGUGAGUACUUUCAAAUCGGGAAAAAAGUGAUUGUGGAGCAGGACAGUGCCGCAGCACAGCAGUACAGCAGGCAGGGUUGCCCCACUGGUCUCCGGGCAGACCUAUGGGCCCUCAUCCUUAACUCGACUAACCAGCCACAGGAUGUGAUGCAUUAUGAACAGCUAAAGGCCGGAGUUAUACAUCAUGACCUACUGGUGGACAACCUUAUCUAUAAGGAUGUGAAGCUCACUGCCAGUAAUGACGACUACUACUUUGUGUUUGAAGAUUUCCUCUACCAGGUGUUGCUGUGUUUUUCUCGGGACACCGCCGUCUUGGAGCACUUUAAAUACAACAGUGCCACGCCUCCCAAAUCAUACAUCCAGGGGAAAACAGGAAAUGAGGAGUGUGCUGUUGUUUAUCCUCCCAAUGGUGUAAUCCCUUUCCAUGGGUUUUCAAUGUAUGUGGCGCCUUUGUGUUUCUUGUACAAUGAGCCAUCCAAGCUCUACAGCGUAUUCAGGGAAAUGUACAUCCGCCACUUCUUCAGAUUACACUCCAUCUCCUCCUCUCCUUCGGGAAUCGUGUCUUUGUGCCUGCAGUUUGAGCAGCUGCUUCAGACCCACCUGCCUCAGCUCUUCUACCACCUUCGGCAGAUUGGCGCACAGCCGUUGCGUAUUGCUUUUAAGUGGAUGGUGCGAGCCUUUUCUGGGUACCUGUCCACUGACCAGCUGCUUCUUCUCUGGGACCGAAUCCUGGGAUAUGACUCACUGGAGGUCAUUGCAGUCCUAGCAGCUGCUGUGUUCGCCUUCCGUGCCGAAAACCUGAUGGAAGUAACAUCACUGGCCUCAGCUGAAGCUGUCCUCGCUGACCUUUCAACUCUGAAGGUCAUGCCGCUCAUCCAGAUCUUUCUGUUUGCCACCGCCAUCUGAGGAGCAACGAGACUGCAGUAUGAGUCGUGGUAUGUACAUACCACUUAGAGGAUAUUGGGACAGCAAAACAAAGCUGUGUUGCAACGCCAUAACCACACCAAUAUGACUAAUUGUUUGUCUAGAGACAGCAGCCUAUAGUAAUGAAGGAACACCUACACAGGCAUUACAGACUUUAUCCUGCACUGGUCUGAGCAAUAAGCCAAAUCCUUCUUUAGCAUGUAUACACCAUAAAUAAAUACAGAAUACCCUGUAACAUUACUAUGAAUAGAUAUUAUACGGGAUGUAUGUAAGUGUAGCCUGCACACAAGCUAGGUUAAAUUAACUUCCUGAAGGCAUAUGCUCUGCAGGAAACAGGAUAUGCACAUCAGUGCUUGACUCCACUGAGAGGCUCAUUAGGAGAGGAGCUGCAUGAAUCAGUAACUGUGUCACGACUUGGCUAAUGAAGUGUUGCAGUUUAUCCUGCUUUGUGGCUCCUGCUUGUUAUAACAUUAUUAGGUAAUGCUGUUACAGAUGAAUGAGGAGAUUGUACGCACUUGUCUGUGAAAUAGUCAACAGACACAAACUGAAUUAAACAGUAACAUAACUAAUUUAUGAAGGAAUUGCAUAUUAUGGCACUCUUAAGGGACAUUUAGCACCUUCGAUGCCAGUAUUUAUUUCACUAUGUACAUUUAUGGUUUUUUAUUUUAAAUUAUGCAUUUAAUUUCUGAAUGUAUUCACCUACUUUGUACUGUUCUACAAAACGGUGUAUGUGGCUUUUGAUUUAAAUGCAAUCAAAUCAUUUAACAGUAUUCUCAAGUUGGUGCAGUUUUCUUUUAUCCUACAUAUUUUAAUAACACUUUAAAUAAAAUA